AAAAAAAGGGUAAAAAAAAAAAAGAGCCACCAAAAAGGUUUAAUCCUCCGUCUUUACAUUUCUAGACAGCUAAUCAGCUGUGCAAAUUUCGCCUCUCUCAAGUUGCCACUCUCCAAUAACUUCCCCAAGGAGAAGAAAAUGGGUUGGUUUCCUUGUUCUGGACCAUCCAAACAGACCUCAAAGAAGAAAAAUUCUGUCGAUUCGGCCCGGCACUCUACUGAUAAGUUGAAAGCAAAGAAUUCAUUCCGUACAAAGGAAGUUGAUAAGGAUGCAGGGUCCAACCAAAUUGCAGCCAAGACUUUUAUAUUUCGUGAAUUGGCAGCUGCAACAAAAAAUUUUCGAGGUGAUUAUCUUCUUGGAGAAGGAGGCUUUGGUAGAGUUUACAAAGGAGUGAUUGAGUCCAAUCAGGUCGUUGCCAUCAAGCAACUUGAUCGCAAUGGAUUGCAGGGCAACAGGGAAUUUCUUGUCGAAGUGCUGAUGUUAAGUCUAUUACACCAUCCUAACCUUGUAAAUCUAAUUGGCUAUUGUGCUGAUGGGGAUCAGAGACUUCUAGUCUACGAAUAUAUGCCAUUAGGGUCAUUGGAAGACCAUCUUCAUGAUCCUACGCCAGGUAAGGAACGGCUAGAUUGGAACACAAGAAUGAAAAUUGCUGCCGGAGCAGCAAAAGGUUUGGAAUAUCUACACAGUGCAAGCCCCCCUGUAAUAUACCGUGAUUUAAAAUGCUCCAACAUUUUGCUUGGUGAGGGUUAUCACGCAAAGCUCUCUGACUUUGGCUUGGCCAAAUUGGGGCCUGUAGGAGAUAACACUCAUGUUUCUACAAGAGUUAUGGGUACUUAUGGGUACUGUGCACCAGAGUAUGCCAUGACUGGACAGUUAACUUUAAAGUCAGAUGUUUACAGCUUUGGGGUAGUCCUCCUGGAGAUCAUUACAGGCAGGAAAGCAAUUGAAACUUCAAAAACUGGAGGAGAUUUCAAUCUGGUUAUAUGGGCACGACCAUUGUUCAAAGAUCGGAGGAAGUUCUCACAGAUGGCUGAUCCAAUGCUGCAAGGCCAUUAUCCAGUUAGGGGCAUGUACCAAGCUCUAGCAGUUGCAGCAAUGUGUGUUCAGGAGCAACCUAACAUGCGUCCAGUCAUAGCAGACGUUGUCACGGCUUUGACCUACCUUGCUUCACAAAAAAUUGACCAUGAAACCCGGGGAGGUAUCCAAACUUCACGGCCAGGACCUGCUACUUCACCUAGAAUGAAACGAUGGUGACAAGCUGCAAAAAGGUUCAAAUGGAGCUAUGAAACUAGAUGGUGAUGGGAAGUCAAACAAGAUCAUCAAAAAAGGGGGAGCCAAGGCUGGAACCCCUUGAAUAUCAGCUAAGUUGAAAGUACAGAUAGCAAACCACAAUCAGUGGCACCUCGAGUGCAGGCUCAAUCAUCUGAACUAUAUUGGCGCAACAAAUAUUUUUUCCCCUCAGAAGUCGGACCAACUAUAAGGUCCUCCCUUGUUCUAUCUCAGUUGAAGCUGCUUGUUCCCAUUAAUUAUUGCAUUUAUAGGUGAGUUGCGUUUGUCCGAUUUAUGGUUUUGGUCAUUCUUUGGUAAACCUCCAAAGCCUGGUCCCGGUAUUUUUGUUGUACAGACAUGGCUUGUGUUUACGAGUGCAAGUAUGUAUUAGAAUAGCUAAUUAUGAUGUACAAUCGCGUGAUUGUGUUUAUUUCCUGCAGCUAUAUAAGUUGAAAUGACAUUUUCGAGUAAAACUCAUAAAAUUGUAAUACUACGUCUACAAGUUAGCAUAUGACUCUUGAAUGCUGCUAAAGAACAUUUUGUUUUCUUGUU